UCGUAUUCCAGUAAUUCCCAGGUGGAAAUGCAGGCAGGAUAGCCGGUGUGGUUAAGUCAAGCGACUGGGUAAAGGUUGGAUCGUCUUAUGCGAGGGGUAUGAAUCUCAGGCAAGCUCUCCACUUGCAGCUGGUCGAAGAGGGGUGGAUGCUGAUGCUGAUGCUGGUAGCGGUGCAGUGCAGCUCGGGUCCUGGGGAUUCCGUUCUAAGUGGUUUAAUACCGCAAGGUGUCUUACACUGGCCUCGAAGUGUGCUCGGCGUGGGAUCGAUCGCUACGGUGACUGGCAAGUUUGGUCGACACGACGACAAGUUUGAAUGAUUGCGGUAGAGGCGUUGGGUGAGGCAGACAACAGAACAAAGAAUAGAGAGAAAUAGGGGACGUCGGUGCUGCAGAGCAAGUUGUGGAGGGAAUGAGCGGCCUACAAGUACAUCA